AUGCAGAACACGUCUUCUAGACCAUCGGGGUCGUUGGGGACAGUGUCGUCGUUUGAUCUGGAGCCCAAUCCCUUUGAGCAAAGUUUUGCGUCGACAAAGAAAACAGAAAGUGGUGGUGAUGGUGGGAACAUAGGUAAUACGAAUGAUUCUGCCGCGAAUGGAGAUGGUUUAGACAACGCUAAGGGCAUGGCCUCGUUGAGCUAUCUGGAUUCCCAGAACAACGGUAGUUCGGGUAGUUUGAAUAUAGACCCUCAAAUAGCUGGUGACCAAAAGCGUGCCGCAUCUUUGAUUUAUGGCAACCAGAGAGGGCCGAUGCAGUCGCCUCCUUUGCUGACCCCAGGUGGCUCUAAGAAACUGCCACCUCUUUUAAUGUCACCAUCUUAUUUACAAGGACAGUCCCAAUCUGGUCAAAAUGGUAGUUCGCACAACGGUAGUGCUACUGGGGGACAAACACCACUAGGUGGUUCACAAGGAGUAGCAAAUGGUAGUGAAACAGAUGGCCAAUUGCCUGGGUUUUUGAUGAACUUAUUUAAGUCAGGAUUAACACCUAACGAAUCUAACCUGAGGGCUAAUUUCACACCGGGCAUAUUGGGUAGCCAGUUCAAUCAAGGGUCUCUACCCUCGCUGAUGAAUAACAAUGUGAGCAUUUCUCGAGCGAACAGUAACUCUGUAGUUCCAACAAAUGGAGAUAAAGACGAAUCAGGAUCUGGUAGAAAGAUGAAUGGACAAAUAGACAUUCCUAAUAAAGCCCUAACUGCAUUGGGGGGUCUUCCCGCUGGUCAAUUAACCCCUGGGUUGAGCUCUUUAUUAGCCUCUUCUGCCAAGCAACUGAACUUGGACAAUAAUACACGAGAGUCUACUCCUAACAUAUCCGUAAGUCAACCAGUUGUACAAGGCGUCACUAAAUCUAAUUCAGUACCGACCAACAGUUACUUCCCACUUGCAGACACCACCAUUGAGAAGGACUCAGGUGCCGAUGGUGCUGAUAAUCAAUCUGGUACACAAAAGAAACGAGGAAGGAAGAAGAGUGUUUCGACAAAGGCUACAGAACCUAAGAGAAAACGUGCUUCAACAAGCUCAGCUUCUAAGAAAUCGGAAGGCAAUACUGGAACUGCAACUGUCACUAACCCGGAAGCAAACAAUGCUGUCAACACUGGUAACGACGAUUUGGAUGAACAAGAGAGAAGAAGACAGGAGUUCUUGGAAAGAAACAGAGUUGCUGCGUCAAGGUUUAGACGGAAGAAGAAAGAGUAUAUAAAGAAGAUAGAAACGGAUUUGGGCAUUUUACAAACAGAGUAUAAUGAUAUGUCGAAGAUAAUCGGCCAUCUCGCUGGUAUAACACCCGAAGGCAGUGACGAUAGAGUCUCAGCUUCCAUAUUACUUAUGCUUGAGCAAUCCUUGAUGAACAAUGACAUAAAGGCUGCACUUCAAAUUAUAGAAAGCACAAAGCAAAUUCUAACAUCAUCAAACUUUGUCAAGAGAAACGGUGCAAACCCAGUUGCCAAAAAUACAAGUCAUGAUAGUUCAGAUUCGGGCAAAUAA